AGAGAGAGAGAGAGAGUGUGUGAGGGGAGGGGGCGAGCGAGUGGGUGUGCGAGUGGAUGAGCUAGAGAGAGAGAGAGAGAGAGAGAGAGAGAGUGAGAGAGCGCUGAGGGCUGGCUGAGUGUGAGAGUGUGAGAGUGUGGGAGUGCUGCACCAGAGAGCCUGAAGAACAGAACAGAACAUCGGUGGGAUUUGAGUGUUAGCGAACGCACCCCAGAGCCACAGAGAUCUAAAGCCGGGCGCUCGGACGGACCCAUCCCGAAACAGCGAGAGGACCGUGGGUGCGUGAGAGUGUGUGUGUGUGUGCAGCGUAGUGCACGUGCAUGAGUGAGUGUGUGUGUGUGUGUGUGUGUAAGCGCGUUGACUUGCAGCAAUGUUGGAGCACUCGUCCGAGCGAGGCUUUGUGCCCGGUGUGUGUGUGGACGGCAUGCGUUACUCGUCCACCGCCAGCAACCCCGUCACCAUGAGGACCAGCGAGGAGCUGCUGCUGAGUAACGGCACAGCCGGGAAGAUGAACGGAGCUCUGGAGCAUUCGGAUCAGCCCGACCCGGACGCCAUCAAGAUGUUCGUGGGUCAGAUCCCUCGUUCCUGGUCCGAGAAGGAGCUGAAGGAGCUGUUCGAGCCGUACGGCGCCGUCUACCAGAUCAACAUCCUGAGAGACCGCAGUCAAAACCCCCCACAGAGCAAAGGUUGCUGUUUUGUUACGUUUUACACGAGGAAAGCUGCACUCGAGGCCCAGAACGCUCUGCACAACAUCAAAACCUUAACCGGGAUGCACCAUCCUAUUCAGAUGAAGCCUGCAGACAGCGAGAAAUCAAAUGCGGUGGAGGACAGGAAGUUGUUCAUCGGCAUGGUGUCGAAGAAAUGCAACGAGAACGACAUCCGGGUCAUGUUCUCCUCCUUCGGUCAGAUCGAGGAGUGUCGCAUCCUGAGGGGACCAGACGGACUCAGCCGAGGAUGUGCGUUUGUCACGUUUUCUACCAGGGCUAUGGCACAGAAUGCAAUCAAAGCCAUGCAUCAGUCUCAGACCAUGGAGGGCUGCUCGUCCCCCAUGGUGGUGAAGUUUGCCGACACUCAGAAGGACAAGGAGCAGCGGCGGCUACAGCAGCAGCUGGCUCAGCAGAUGCAGCAGCUGAACAGCGCCUCUGCCUGGGGAAGUUUGACCGGCUUGACCGGCCUCACCCCACAGUACCUGGCAGUAAGAGGCCACACCCACUCGGCCACGCCCAUCACCCCUACAUUGCUACAGCAAGCUACUUCUUCCAGUAGUCUGGGAGCGUUCAGCGGGAUCCAGCAGAUGGCGGGUAUGAACGCUCUGCAGUUACAGAAUCUGGCCACUCUGGCAGCAGCCGCCGCCGCGGCUCAGAGCUCGGCCAGCCCCUCCACCGCUAGCGCCCUGACCUCCAGCACAGGCUCCCUGGGGGCCCUGGCCAGCCCAGCAGGUUCCACGGCUACUUCGAGUAUCGGAGCGAUGGGCUCUCUCGGAUCUUUAGGGACCCUGCAGGGCCUCGCUGGGGCCACCGUGGGCCUCAACAACAUUAAUGCACUAGCAGGUAGCGUCAACAUUGCUCACAUGCUCUCAGGUGUGGCUGCCUUGAACGGUGGCGGCUCGGCCGGCCCCAUGGACGCCCUCACUCAGGCUUACUCAGGAAUACAGCAGUACGCCGCCGCCGCCCUGCCCACACUCUACAGCCAGAGCUUACUGCAGCAGCAGAGCGCCGCCGGGAGCCAGAAAGAGGGACCAGAAGGGGCGAACCUCUUCAUCUAUCACCUCCCGCAGGAGUUCGGGGACCAGGACAUUCUGCAGAUGUUCAUGCCUUUCGGAAACGUCGUGUCGGCCAAAGUCUUCAUUGACAAACAGACCAAUCUGAGCAAGUGCUUCGGUUUCGUCAGUUACGACAAUCCGGUGUCGGCGCAGGCGGCGAUCCAGGCCAUGAACGGCUUUCAGAUCGGCAUGAAGCGCCUGAAGGUUCAGCUGAAACGCUCCAAGAACGACAGCAAGCCCUACUGAGCUUUUUGUUAGGGUCGCUCCUUUCUGUCCCUACAAUGCUAGGAAACUCAUCUCCAUGACUCUUUGCUCAUCGUUUGCCUAGCAUGUCUACGUGGCGUUCAAAAACAAACACACACAAAAAAAAGUGUCAUCGUCUCGUCAUUGUCUCCGGUGUCUUUCUGAGUUCCUGAUCAUAACCUGCUCUCCUACUGAUCUCUCGACUUUUGAUCUUAGCUUUGAUCUUUGUUUUGUUGUUUUUCUUUUAUGUUCUUUGAGUUCUUUAUUGUUGGUUUUUUUGCAUGCGACCUCAUUUACGGCUCAGAUUUGUUGUUUUUAUUGUUUUUAUGUUACGAUGUUCCUUCUCGUUUGAGUAGAGCAGUCGGGGGAGGGAGAAGAAGGAAGGAAGGAAGGAAGGAAGGAAAAAAAAUAAUAAAGUAAAUAAAUAAAGAAAUAAAUGUGAAAAUGUGAAAGCGCUAAAGCUGUUUCAGGCUUCUUAUAUGCUCGCGGAUGUUAGAGUUAUACGGAUUAAUGUUUUCAUUAUUUAAUCACCUAAUUAGAACGUCGUUUUGUCCAAAAAAUACUUUUAAUUAAAUAGAAUUAUGAAUUAUGAAAUAAAGCACCUGUGGCAGGAGGGAUUAAAAACGUUUGCAUCUAUUUUUUUUUUGCAUUUGCUAGCUUAGAAUUUGCUUUAUGAUGUUAUUAUUAUUAUUAUUAUUUUUAGUGGGGAUUUAUUUUCUUUUCUCUUUUUUUUUUUCUUUCUUUGCUUUCACUCAUUAAAAGUAAACUUGAAAGUACAAUACAGGGAUUGGCUUCCGGACUUCCUGUCGGCGCGCGAGGCGUACGGAAAGCCCGAGCCGGUUUCUUUUACGAACUAGACUACUUCCACGCAGUUUUAAUAAUAAAAAAAUAUAUAUAAAAAAACUGUCUGACUGAUCUCAAGAGUCUCUCAGAGCGAGCUUGUGGUUUUUACAUUUUUCAGGCAGUGUAAAGUUUUUUGAUAAGGCCAUUUGAAGUGGCUCCGUUUCUCAUUAAAGUCUAUAUAAAACCACUUUUUUCUAGAGUAGUAAAGGUAUAAUAAUAUAAAAAAAAAAAAAAUUAAAAAAAAAAAUAGAUUUUAAAAAAGUGCCCUGUUUGGGGGAAAUGCUACCUACAUGUCACACCUUUUUGCUGAACUGAUCUACCGUUAGACAAUCCAUGGUAUAAAUAAAUAAAUAAAUGCACAUGAAAUGACCUAUAUUUUAUACUGUUUAAAUGUAUAGAGGAGAAAAACAAAAGAAAAAAAAUAACAACGACAGUUUGUGUGACCCGCGUUCCCGUCGGUGCUUCUCGUGGAUUGAGUCGUGGUUUCAUCACAGGUCUAAUAGUCUUAUUCGUCUGGUGUUUUUAAAAAGAAGACUAAAAAUCGGUUUACUUGAACAUAGACUAAACGUUUAUCAUAGUUCUAUCGCUACUACAGUAGAAUCGUUCCGUUCUUCUCUUCUUAUUUCUUUGAUUUCUUAUGUUUGUUUUCUUGUUUUUUUUUUCCCUAUUUGAAUUAAUUGUCGGGUAAAUUAGCUAUAUGAAUCUUUUACAAUGUCAGCUUGUGAAGCAUCAAUGUCAUGACUCUUUAUUUCACUUGUUGGGAAACAAUAUUCGAUGUGUCGUCGCGUUCGGCGAAGUGUAAUUUUUUUGUUUUUCUUUAUAAACGAAACAAACGAAAAAAAAAAAAUGAAUGGACUUUUAGUGCCAAAAUUUCUGACGGUACAUCCUGCCUACAGCUUCAGUGUGUUACUUGUGUAAUGAUUUGAUAACAUGGGUAUUUUAUUACGUAAGUGUUUUGUAUGGAUCCCUCAUAUUUAAUGAUAGAGAUUUUAAA